UACUACGAUCAGCAGCCAUGAAAUUCGCCCUUCUGAUCCUCGUGCUCAUGCCCCUGGUUUACUGUGACUUCAUCGAUCAGUUCCUCAAAUUGUUUGACGUGGGAGAGCUGAAGGCCGUUGUCCAGAAGAUUGCUGACAACGUGGGAUCUAACGGCACCGAGGCCGCUUGUGAGAGGAGUGCAUCAGCCAUCCUGAUGCACAAUGCGCUCCUCUCCAGCGGCUGCGACCUCAUCUGCAGAUCACUCCAGUCCCUUGUCAAGCAGUUCCACAUCGUCUAGAAAGAGUGAUGUAAAAUACUAAUCAGGAAAUAAACGUGUUUUUGGCAUAA